GGACGCCCACUGGACGCCGGAGGAGACUCGGCGGUGGCGAGGGCGGGUUUUCUCUGCAGUCGGCUGGAGUCUCCGCGAUCCCCCGCCCCACUCGCCGAGCCGUGGGCUCGCCCGGGCGUCCUCCCGCCGCCGGGAGCGCUGUGGGCCGCAGCGGGCCGGGUCACAGACGUCGUGGCGGCCGCCGCACGCCAGAAGGGAGUUGUUAGCGGGGCCCAGGGAGUCCCCGCCCGAGACCGCGUCGCCACCGCCAUGGCUACAAAAGAUCCUACCGCAGUGGAGAGAGCAAACUUGUUAAACAUGGCUAAACUGAGUAUCAAAGGACUCAUUGAAUCUGCUCUAAGCUUUGGCCGCACACUGGAUUCCGACUAUCCCCCCUUGCAGCAGUUUUUUGUUGUUAUGGAACACUGUCUGAAACAUGGCCUUAAAGUAAGAAAAUCGUUUUUAAGUUAUAACAAAACUAUCUGGGGCCCCUUGGAACUGGUAGAGAAGCUCUACCCAGAAGCAGAGGAAAUAGGAGCCAGUGUCCGGGAUUUACCUGGUCUUAAGACACCUCUAGGUCGUGCAAGAGCAUGGCUUCGAUUAGCUCUUAUGCAAAAAAAAAUGGCUGAUUACCUGCGUUGCUUAAUUAUUCAGAGGGAUCUCUUGAGUGAAUUCUAUGAGUAUCAUGCACUAAUGAUGGAAGAAGAAGGAUCAGUAAUUGUUGGGCUGCUGGUUGGCCUGAAUGUGAUAGAUGCUAAUUUGUGUGUUAAAGGAGAGGAUUUAGACUCACAAGUUGGAGUGAUUGAUUUUUCUAUGUACUUAAAGAAUGAGGAAGAUAUUGGAAAUAAAGAAAGGAAUGUUCAAAUUACUGCCAUAUUAGACCAGAAGAAUUAUGUUGAAGAAUUAAAUAGACAACUGAACAGCACAGUCAGCAGUCUCCAUUCAAGAGUUGACUCAUUAGAAAAAUCAAAUACUAAGCUGAUCGAAGAGUUAGCAAUAGCAAAGAAUAACAUCAUUAAACUCCAAGAAGAAAAUCAUCAGUUACGAAGUGAAAAUAAAUUAAUUUUAAUGAAAACACAGCAGCAACUAGAGGUUAACAAAGUGGAUGUGGAAACCGAGCUUCAAACAUAUAAGCAUUCUCGGCAGGGGCUAGAUGAAAUGUAUAAUGAAGCCAGGAGGCAGCUUCGAGAUGAAUCUCAAUUACGACAGGAUGUGGAGAAUGAGCUGGCAGUACAAGUCAGUAUGAAACAUGAAAUUGAACUUGCCAUGAAGUUGUUGGAGAAAGAUAUCCAUGAGAAACAGGAUACUCUGAUAGGCCUUCGACAGCAGUUAGAAGAAGUUAAAGCAAUUAAUAUAGAGAUGUAUCAAAAGUUACAGGGUUCUGAAGAUGGUUUGAAAGAAAAAAAUGAAAUCAUUACCCAAUUAGAAGAAAAAACCAAUAAAAUUACUGCAGCCAUGAGGCAGCUGGAACAAAGAUUGCAGCAAGCAGAGAAGGCGCAAAUGGAAGCUGAAGAAGAGGACAAGAAAUACAUGCAAGAAUGUCAGAGUAAAUCCAGCAACCUGCAGAAGCAAAUCUCCCAAAAGGAGAAACAACUGGUGCAACUGGAAACAGAUUUGAAGAUUGAAAAGGAAUGGAGACAGACUUUGCAGGAAGAUCUUCAGAAGGAGAAAGAUGCCUUGUCUCAUUUAAGAAAUGAAACUCAACAAAUCAUUAGUCUUAAAAAAGAGUUCCUUAACCUCCAGGAUGAAAACCAUCAAUUGCGAAAAAUAUAUCAUGAACAGGAGCAAGCUCUUCAAGAAUUGGGCAACAAACUUAGCGAAUCAAAACUUAAAAUAGAAGAUAUAAAGGAAGCCAACAAAGCACUGCAGGGAUUGGUUUGGUUGAAAGACAAGGAAGCAACACAUUGUAAACUUUGUGAAAAGGAAUUUUCACUCUCAAAGAGAAAGCACCACUGUAGAAACUGUGGGGAAAUUUUCUGUAAUGCUUGUUCUGACAACGAACUGCCUUUGCCUUCUUCACCAAAGCCAGUACGGGUUUGUGAUUCCUGUCAUGCACUGCUGAUUCAGAGAUGCUCAUCUAACUUGCCCUGACUCCAGACUAAAUUCCUAUGUACUGAAAGUACUUAAGAUGAAUGUUAUGAACAUGUGUAAAACACUAUCAGACAGCUCUUCUUAAGCGGCUUUGACAGUAUUGUUUUUCAUAUUCAACUAAUGAAAUUAAAAUUGUUAAUUUGUAUUUCCUUCUCCACUGUUACUCAGAAUUUUCAACAGGGCAUGUGUUAAAAUAACUUUAGUCUAAUUCCUAAUUGAUAUAAUAAUCAUGUAAUUCUUAAUGCCACUGUAAGGCCAGAUAGUAUAGCUACUACACAUUUGCCUUACUUUAUAAAGGCCUUCUUAAAAACAGGGCUUCAGAUUGUUUUAUUCUAAGUUGAUAUUUGACAGUGCCUGUAAUUUUAAUGCACUUUAAAGCCUCAUGGUUCUCAAAUAUUAGAAAUGCAUAAAACCUUUUUUGAAGUAUUAAUAUUUCAACAGGUUACUCAUCUUGGUAAGAUUAACAUUUUUUCCCCUCUCCUUCCUUUACAUUAUUUUGUUAGUGUAGUUUUUUAUCAUGUAAAAUGUCCUUUUGGUUUUGUUAUACUUGCUGAUACCUUUCAGAGACAGUGUGUUUAAGAUAUUUUUGCCUCCUCUUUUUACCUUAAAUUUUGGUUAUCUUUUUGUAGUAAACUACUUAAUGUUUUUUCAGGAAGAGCUCAUUAUCCCUUUUGAAUAUUGAACACAAAUCCUUCCCCAGAAAAAAUUGUACAAUAGCAGGGGAAUUACAGGCUGCUAGUAGGGUCUAAGCAUUGAGAAAAAUUUAAACACUAUAAAUCUGAUACGACAGAUGAAAGAGAACUUUAUUACAUUUCCAUUCCGGUAGUUUUAGGAAGUUAUGCUGUACUUUAGUCUAGAGUACAAAACUCACUAGACUAUGCAGGAUCUAGAGCAGAUGAGUAUCUGACCUGCCAUGACAUACUUGAACUAUUUCAAGCAUGAAAAUACUGUUAUACUGCUAAUAGAACUACAAGAUUUAAUUUGUAAAAAACCAGUUACUCUUGUAUAAUUUUAGUCUUGAAUCAAUACUUAGGGAUCCUUUUUUCUCCCAGUUGUCUAGUUUCAGCCACGCACUUUAAAAUUUUACAUUAAACCCUAAGGGCAUUGUAGUGACUAAAUCACAACCAUUCCCUUAGUCCCAAAGUUGAGGUCACUUACACUACAGGAUUCUUUGCUCAGAGUACAUGUUAAGGUUUAAAAAUUAGUUUUUUAAAUUGCCAAAGUUAUGAAACUAACAUUUUACUUGAAGACUUUUCCCCAUAAUUUAGUUUUUGCACUUAGUCAAAACUGAUUUUUUUAGGUAGUCUUUCUGGAAUGCUCCCAUAGAAAUGUCCCUAAGUGAUAUGUAUUCUGAACUGCUUUGUAUUGAUAGGUUAACAUUUUUAUGAUUACAAUGAGAAAAAUUUCAAUACUAAUAGGUAGUAUUUUUAUUACUGUUUAGAACAAAUCCUAAAAUGUGCUUUUGCUUAAAAUUUUGGUUUCAAAAAAUCUAGCCAUGAUUCUUACUCUCCAUUAAGAACCCAUGCAUUGCUACUGAUCUGGAUUUUUAAGAGGCAAAUUUUUUGACAGCAAGCAAGCAAUACAACUUACUUUUGGCUCUUAAAAAACAUUUAUACUAAGUUUGGAUUGUUUCAAAGCUUUCUAAUUGUAGCUGUUAACCUGUAAGGCUUGCCCUCCAAAGGUAUCUUCAGACCAUUCCCUUGUAUUAUAACCAUGUUGUCAUGGUGCCAAGAAAUUCUGACUUUAAUUCUUCUCUCUGGCAAUGUUUUAAGAUGUGAAUUUUAUAAGCCAAAUAAAAGUUUUGAAAAUUUA